AUGUGCUCCUUUCUGGCGGCAAAUCAACUUAUCACAAAUCUGGCCUUCGUAAACUUCUUCCUGCAACCACGGGGGCCAGAUGUGACGACACACGUCCGUUUACAUGGCUUUGACUUUGUUCACAACUUGUUGCACAUGACAGGUGAACGGCGACCCCAACCCUUCGUCUCUUCUGAUGGCCGCAUCGUGGCUCUUUUCAAUGGAGAGAUCUACAACUGGCGGCGUUUGAGUGAAGAGGCCCAGUCGCGCGGGCUGCCAGCGUUUCAGUCGGACGGCGAAGCCAUUUUACCCACCUACGCCAUGGCAGGGGAGUCGUUCCCUUUGGCUUUGCAUGGGGAGUUUGCCAUCGCCAUUUUUGAUUUUGAAAGUCGCAAGGCAGUGUUUGCUAUGGAUGCUUUUGGUACUAAGCCACUGUGGUAUGCACUCAGUGGAGGCAAGUUGGCAGUCGCUUCUUACAAAAGUGGGCUUCUUCGACUGGGGUUCCUGAGCAAAGACAUACACAUGGUGGGCCCUAAUAGGGUCCUGACCAUUUCCUUGGAGACAUUCAGCAUAGUGAAGCAAACGGCUGUUUUUGAGUUUGACCUACGGCAGUUCAAGACUUCGACGGAGGACUUUAUCCAUGCCUUCAACGAAGCUGUGCAGUUGCGAACCCAGGAUUUGGAGCAAACGGGCCGACCAUUGUUCAUUGGGCUCUCGUCUGGCUUUGACUCCGGGGCGAUCCACGCCUCCUUACACCAGAAUUCCGUCCGACAUCACGCCUUUGCGCUGUUGGCUGAGGAGAUGCCACAAAUGCUCCAUGACCGGGCCAUGUUUGCCAAGUCCACUUCGGAGGUCUCUGUGGUUCUGAUGAACGAUUGGGACUUUGAGCAAGAACGAGAGUGGCUGUCAGAGAGAGCUGAGCCGUUCAACUACUUGGGACGUAACUUGACUGGGCAAAUCAAUGUACUAGACGACUAUGCGGCCAUUGGCUUAAGCUACAUCGUCCGCUUGAGCCGGGACCGUGGAGCCUUAUGCUACCUCUCUGGUACCGGCCUCUUUCCGGAAAAUCUGUCGACCAUCUUCCCCUGGGGCGAGUUCUUCCUAUCAACUCAGCGAGACUACCUGCACAAGGAAGAACAUGAAGUGAAGAAUCGGGAAUACAAGUCUCCUUUGCAUGAUGCCUUCGUGGGCUGGGGAUAUCCCUUUGAGAGGAGGAAGAAAACAGGCUUUGCCGCACGCGCCAAUUUGGUCUCAGACGACUACAGCAUCCUUUGGCGCUACAACACCCACCCACCGGUGCCAUGUGGCCCGCAUGUCGCGCCCAAUACCAUCUCUUUGUGCACCGACAUGGGCCAGGGGCUCGCAUGCGAAGUGAAAUGCUCAGAUGAUCAGCCACCCAGUACCGAUACCUUACGCUGUGGUCAUCGUGGCUUGUGGGUGGGGCACAUCGAGUGUGGCGGCAACUCCUCAGCGACCCUGUGGCCCAAGAACGGGCCGGCCCCCCCCCCGGGUGGUGGAACAGGGCUAGGCCGCUAG